AUGAUCAAAAGGGCCUUAGUAGUUGUUGACUUGCAAGGGGACUUUCUACCACCCAACGGCUCCCUAGCAAUAGCAAAUGGAAGCUCAAUUGUCAAACCAAUCAUUGAGCUCAUCACUGAGCCACAUUUAAAUCAAUGGUCUUUGGUUAUUGCGACUCAAGAUUGGCAUCCAUCGGAUCACACGUCAUUUGCUUCGCAACAUGGUGUACAGCCAUUUACUGAGUUGGAGUUUAAGCAUCCGGAAACUGGGCAGGUCAAGAAACAAAUUGUGUGGCCAGAUCAUUGCGUACAGGGGAGUGCUGGUGCGGAGUUGGAGCUGAACUUUGCAAAAGCAUUUGAUGAUAUUAAGGGAGUACCUACAACAAAUGUUAAAAAGGGGUACUUACAAGAUCGUGAAUAUUAUUCGUGUUUUCAAGACACGUGGGGGUUACAUCGUACAGAAAUGAAGCAGACCCUACUUGACCAUGCCAUUGAAGAAGUUGUUUUUGUUGGACUUGCUUUUGAUUAUUGUGUAUUGAACUCAGCCACUGAUUCUGCAAAACUGUUCAAGACUUAUGUGGUGAGGAGCUUGAGUAAGAGUGUUACGCAAGAGAAUGAUGCUAAAACGGAGGAGAUUUACCGAAGCGCAGGGGUAAUUGUCUUGGAGGACAUACUGGAUAUUAAGAGCUGA